AUGAACUAUUCGGUAUUAUCUAUAAUACUGUUAUUGUUUCUUCUAUUUUUCAUGCUUAUUUGCAAUGUAUUUUGGGUUGCGUUUUCAGCAUGUAUUUUUGAAGAGUUAAAUUUCGGUAGAUGGUGGUCUGCUGCGUCUAUUGGUACUUUAAUUGGUUCACUUUUUGUUCUUUAUUUUUAUGUCAUCAUUUUUUGCGCAUUUUUAGUCCAAAUCAAUUGGAUUGGAAGACAUCCCAUCGAUAUUAUUUUUGCUUAAUUUUACCACACUGUUAUAGACCUCAGUCUUGCGGACAAAAUUUAUGCGGACAAAACUAUAUAAAAUGAAAUAAAUUUUUUGUCCGCAAAACUUUGUCCGCAAAUUCUUACUUGUUUCCUUAAUCGGUCAUCGAUAUUUCAUUCAAAAUCCUUAUCGUAUACUUGUUAUCUGGGGAAAAUAUAGGGGAUUUAAACGAAUAGAAUGAGCUGAGAAAAAAGGAAAGUCAAGUCAAAAAAAGGAAAGUCAUUAUUUUCGAAUAGGAGUUUCGUAUUUCGGAUCGAAAAAUAGGCAGGGCUUUGGUUGAUCGGGUCAAGAUUACUUUCAAUAAUUUUGUAUAAAAAAAUUUUUUGUCCGCAAAACUUUGUC